UACACAGGCAAGAUCAUCUUUCGGGUACACUCCUUUUUUGCUUUCAUACAGGUUUUCUCCUCUUGCAGCUGAAGCGCCAAGCCCUCCAUCACCAACCCUUGGACCACAUGGACUUGGGGAAUGAGACUGAGAGCAGCCGUCUUAGCACCUUCCGAGAGCAAGUUCAGCGCCUCAGCAAUGAAAACGCUUUCCUUCCUUCCAUGCAGGUUCAGCUGCAAGACAGGAACGAGAGGCUCUACGCCAAAAUUGGGGAGCUGCAGGAGAAAAUGGGGCAGGUCAGUGGCUCCAAAACCGACUUGUCAUCGAGACUGCUUCAUAGUGAAGAGGAAAAACUCAAGAUUUCCAAGGACUUUGUUGAUUUCCAGAUUGAGACCAACAAAAUGAGAGAGCGUCAUGAAGCAGAAAACUUUGAACUGAAGAAUCUGAUCCUGGCCCUCGAGAGCCGUAUUCUGGAAGUGGAGCUACAUGAUGAGAAGACAACUGGGGAGCGUGAUGCCUUACAAGAGCGCUUGAGUGCCCUAGAGACCAACCGCAAGGAGCUGGCAGACGAAUAUCUUGUUCUGAAGAGCAAUUAUCUUGCACUGGGCAAGGAGCACGAACAGGAAGUCGCUAAGAAUGAAGAGCUUAGCAGAGAGCUAUUGAACUUGGCCAAUGCCCGAGGCAACAGCCCCAAGUCCCAAGCUCAAACCAACAAGGGUUCUGUGGAGUUGGAAAGGCUGCGAGCCUUGGUGCACCGCCUCUCUGCCCGCAAAGUGAAGCCAGAAGAGGUGGUGGCUUCCGAACAUGAACGGCGGAAACUGGAGAGAAGUCUUCUUGGAAACCAGGAUCACAUCACUGCACAGAUUGAAAAGAUGAAAGAAAUGUACAACUCACAGCAGCAGAAGUUAGAGGAGAGAAUGGUGACCCAGGGCAAGGAGCUGCAGGAGGCCAAGAAGGCGAUCCGGAACACGCAGCACAAGCUGGCGGAACAGUCAGUGGUAUUACUCUCAUCCCAAAGCCAGCUCCAAGAAGUGGAGGCAGAGAAUUCCCGGCUUCAGCUGCAGCUGAAGGAGCUGAACGAGGAGUACAGGUCGCGGCUCCUUCAGUACAUCACAGACCUGGCGGAGCACAUGGACAACAAGUCAGUUGCCGCUGCAGCAAAAGGGACCAGCAAAACCGCCUUCAAACCGGCUCACAUGAAGCGCUUUGUGGAUGGCAUGCUGCAGGACAUCCGGGCUUCGUACAAGUCUAGGGAGGAACAGCUGGCCAAAGCCACUCGCGGCUACAAGAAGCGCCUCCAGAACUUGGUCAAGAGGCACGAGGGCCUGCUCAUUGCAUACAGGAUGCAGCGUGAACAGAUUCGGUCACUGGGCAGCCACGAUCUGGAUCCUGGCCCACCAGAACACCAUUUCACCAUCACGGAUGCCGAGCUGCUGACGAGCACCUCUCAGGAGCUGAACCGGCUGCGGGAGGAUAAAGCCAGCUUGGAGGGCCAACUGCACGAACUGCAGAUGAAGGUAAAGUUAAGUCAAAAUGCUGGCUCAGGGACAUCACCUCCGCACAUGUUGGAUGAGGCGGGCUGGGCUGAGCUCCGGAAACAACUACGAGAGUUCACUCAAACCACACAGGAGGAUCUCGAAAAGGAAAGGAGUCAGCUGCUGACACGGGCGAUGGUGGCAGAAGAGCAGGUAGCCGAACUGCAGGAGUAUGUGGAUAAACACCUUGUAAGGUACAAGCAGGAGAUCCUGAGGCUGAGGAAACUUCUGGGAAUAGACAGCCACGAAGAACUAAUUGCAGGAGCUUCUAACCCUCUGGCAACUUCAAAACCCAAGAGGAAUUUCAGUAAUGAAAUGUAGUCACUGACACCCAAGCUAUGGGAAGAAAAGGCUUUGUAGCAUCCUCAAGGAGGACUGGCACAUUGGCCUGAACAGCAGGUGGACUGCAAUGGUUGGGUAUACAGUACAUCUGUCCCCCAGAAUAGACUCCAGGAAGCAAGUGGCUCAGUGAAGCCCUUUCAGCAACCAUUUUUGUCUUUCAUUUUUUAAAAAUCUUGCCCUUUGUCUAAGAGGCUCGGAGCUGUUAUUCCACCCAUAUGCUACCCCCAAAUUAUCUUCAUAACAACCCCGGGAGGUAGGCUAGAAUGAGAAACCAUGCCUGUCAUCCACCAAUAACCGUGGUGGAGCAAGGAUUUGAACCCUAGUCUGAGACACUCAUUUCACAACAUCUUGUGAGCUCUUACAUUCCAAUUGCAUUUGCUGCUUCUUUCAGUAUUUCCAUUGCAUUCUCUCUCCCUUCUGUCUUACUCUAACCAAUUUUCCGCCUGACAUUCAGAUGCUUAUUAUCAUGUUCCAGUGAAAUGGUUAAUGAAACAAGCCAGCUUCACGGCCGAACUUGAAAAGUUGGUUUGUUUAGUAACUUGUUUAGUAACCUUGGUUGGAAUAAAACCACGAACCCUGGUUCAAAUGACGGCCUUUGAAAGCGAAACUAAACUCAGCUGAAGUCCCCCACCCCCCCCACCCUGGUUAUAUGGGAAUUACCGUGUAACACCAAACCAUGAUUUAGAGUAGUUUGCAAACCAUACAAACAUACAUGAUGUAUGGAAGUGAGAGCUGGACCAUAAAGAAGGCUGAUCGCCGAAGAAUUGAUGCUUUUGAAUUAUAGUGCUGGAGGAGACUCUUGAGAGUCCCAUGAAUUCUGAAGGAAAUCAGCCCUGAGUGCUCACCGGAAGGACAGAUUGUGAAGCUGAGGCUCCAAUACUUUGGCCACCUCAUGAGAAGAGAAGACUCCCUGGAAAAGACCCUGAUGUUGGGAAAGAUGGAGGGCACUAGGAGAAGGGGGACGACAGAGGACGAGAUGGUUGGACAGUGUUCUUGAAGCUACGAACAUGAAUUUGACCAAACUGCGGGAGGCUGUGGAAGACAGGAGUGCCUGGCAUGCUAUGGUCCAUGGGGUUACGAAGAGUCGGACACGACUAAACGACUAAACAACAACAGCAAACCACACCACCAUGUGUAGAAAUCUGAAGUUGUACCAUGUUAGUAAAAUAAAUCACUAUCUGGUACAUUAAUCCUCAGCAUCCCGAGAAUCACAGUUCUCUUUAUUUCACAACCAAAGCUCCAAGCUGAGGCAUGGCAUGGGUUUGCUACCCCAAUAAGAUCUUAGCAGCCCACUGGACCACACACAGAGAUGAGAAAAAAUAUAAGUGCUGUGAAAGUUCAUUAUAAGAAAAUAAAUAUAUAUACACACACUACUCCACAAUGAAGAGAUAAACCUGUCCCAUCGUGCGGCAAAGGUUCUAAUGAGUUUCCAGAAUUAGCAGGAUUC